AGCACUCGCUGGUCGGCUUACUCUGUAGGAGGACACCUCGCGCGCCCCUUCAAAAACGAAUCUCCUGUUUAACCGAGGUGGGGAAGAAGCGAAGUCGCUAUUAUCGAUGCUUAGAUAAAGAGCUCGAGCAGGAGCCUAAGGCGGAAAAACGUGAUUCUUUCAUAAGUUGAUAAAUGUGUGAGUUGAAAGAUAAAAAACGUAGUUGCAUCGAUCUCGUCCGCUGUUCAAUGUGCAUUGCGGAUUGAUAAUUGUUGCGCGGAAGGUGGACAUAAAUUGCCGGAAACAUCGAAGAAAAGUUUUACUGAAGGAUGGACGAGACGACGGCAGUUGCCAUGAAUCUAGUGACGGAUGCCCCAAAUGGAAAUGUAUAUUACGAACCGGAUGGCGAAGGAGAUGGCGACAGUUUAACCACGCCUUGUCAUCAUCCGUCAAAUAUCCGCGAACGAAGCGAGAGCCCGGUGUUCAGCCUAGAGGGUGGCCCUACCAAUGGCAAUGGAAACGGCAGACUUAGACUUAUUCAGCACGAGUUGCCCAACGAGAUCUCGGCUCCGUACGAGGUACCACAAUUUCCAAUUGAGCAGAUUGAAAAGAAGCUACUUAUUCAGCGCCAACUCACCGUCAAGGCAGCUAAGGAUCUGGAGGAGCGUCGCAGUCAUUAUGAGCCGUCCAUUGGACCAAUUCCCGAUGACAGUGAUCACGUCUUUCCACUCGAGGAAAAUGAUUUUGUCCCUCAUUUCCAAAGAGUCUCCAUAUCCGGCGAGGACACGUCCGGGGUGCCGCUUGAGGACUUGCAGCAGGCCUCGCAAAUGCUCGUACAGGCGCUCGCUAUUCGCGAGAGAUACAUGAACAACUCAAAGCAGUCUUUCCCCACUAUUGCAUCUAGGUUCUUGCGUAGCGUCGACAAGAGGCCAAUUAAUCUCGAUGAAGAGAUGCAGCAUGACGAGCGCAAAGCGAUCGAAGAUCAUCCGGUGCACGCACCUGCAUCGCGAGGUGAUCCUUGGGAAUGUGAAUUCCCAACAAGCAAGAAUUACAAAAUAGCUCCGGUCAACGGGGUUUUCAAUCUCUUUGCUAGCGAAGACGAUUACAGCGAUGGGAAGCCCGUACCCUAUUCAUAUCCCGAUCUCGCUACAUUCGUCAGGGAUAUGAACAUCUUAUGCGCUAUGAUUGCGGAUGGACCACUUAAGUCCUUCUGCUACAGGCGACUCAGUUAUUUAUCAUCAAAGUUUCAAUUACACGUUCUCUUAAACGAGCUUCGGGAGCUUGCCAGUCAGAAAGCAGUGCCGCAUCGAGACUUUUAUAACAUUAGAAAGGUUGACACUCACAUUCACGCAGCCUCGUGCAUGAAUCAAAAGCACUUGCUUCGGUUCAUUAAGAAAACUCUGAAAAAUCAUGCCGAUGAAGUGGUGACAUGCUCGAAAAAUGGUGAAACAAUGACCCUGCAAGAAGUAUUCCAAUCUAUGAAUUUAACCACUUACGACCUAAGUGUCGAUAUGCUUGAUGUUCACGCAGACAGAAAUACAUUUCAUAGGUUUGAUAAGUUUAACGCAAAAUACAACCCAAUCGGCGAAAGUAGAUUAAGAGAAGUUUUUUUAAAAACUGACAAUUACAUUAAUGGUACAUUUUUUGCAAGCAUUAUUAAAGAAGUAUCGAGUGACUUAGAAGAAUCAAAGUAUCAAAAUUCUGAAUUACGACUUUCAAUUUAUGGCAAAGGUCCAGAGGAAUGGGAUAAGCUUGCAAAAUGGGCGAUCCAAAGUGAUGUAUAUUCUGACAAUGUACGCUGGCUCAUUCAAAUUCCUAGAUUAUACGAUAUCUUCAAAUUAAAUAAGCUCAUGAAUAAUUUCCAGGAAAUUUUAAAUAAUAUCUUUUUACCUUUAUUCGAAGUAACAAACGAUCCUACAACACACCCUGAACUGCAUAAAUUUUUGCAAUACGUAAUAGGGUUUGAUUCAGUAGAUGAUGAAAGUAAACCUGAAAAUCCUCUUUUCGAUAAAGAUGUUUGUCCUCCAGAAAAAUGGAACGAUAUAGAAAAUCCACCGUAUGGUUACUAUCAAUACUAUACUUACGCUAAUAUAACGGUACUCAAUCAUUUUAGAACGGAUCAAGGCUUAAAUACUUUUGUUCUAAGACCACACUGUGGUGAAGCCGGACCAAUUCAGCAUUUAGUUUGUGGAUAUAUGAUGGCUGAAAAUAUUUCUCAUGGACUUCUGUUGCGAAAAGUGCCAGUUUUACAAUAUUUGUAUUAUCUUACCCAAAUUGGCAUUGCUAUGUCUCCCCUUAGUAACAAUUCACUAUUUCUCAAUUAUCAUCGAAAUCCUUUACCAGAAUAUUUAGCCAGGGGUCUCUGUGUUUCAUUAUCUACAGACGAUCCUUUACAAUUUCAUUUUACUAAAGAACCGUUAAUGGAAGAGUAUAGUAUCGCUGCCCAGGUCUGGAAACUUAGCUCUUGUGAUAUGUGUGAGCUUGCAAGGAAUUCUGUUCUCAUGAGUGGAUUUCCACAUAAGAGUAAGCAGUACUGGCUAGGACCAAAUUACACGAAAGAAGGAGUUGCUGGCAAUGACAUUACUCGAACAAAUGUACCAGAUAUUCGAGUAGCCUAUCGCUAUGAGACCUUAAUCGACGAGCUUUCUAAUAUUUUCAAAGUUGUAGAAAAACCCGAUGUUUUCUAGUUAUUUACGAUAAAACCACGUGUACGCUAUCGGUUUUAAUAUUGCCAUAUAUUAUAGAAAUAUUUUAUUAAACAUUACAGUAAUAUUGCUCAAUCACAAUUGAUAUAUAAGAUUUGAUAAAGAAAUGACAAUAUAAACAAACUGCAUUUAGUUUGUUUAGUUUAUUAAUGAAAGCUAUAUAAUUGAAAACCUUUGGAAAGUGAUUAGA